GAAGUUAAUUAUGAACAAAUUUAUGAUAAAUAUAAAAUUCCAUUGCUUCAAGGAACCAAAUUGCCACGGAGUCUCGUCAGUCCUCCACUUCGAUCCACUUCUGCAACUUUCUCCUAUAAAACACCAGCUCCUCUAGCUCAAUUGCAGUUCAAAACCCACUCAACCCUUCCUCUCGUCUUCUCCCUGUCGAAGGUAGUCUCUUUACUGCAAUGGCGUUAUCUACACCUCUAAUGGCCCCCAAUUGCCUUUUUUCUCAGUCGGCUAUCUUACCUACUGCCGGCUUCCGGCGUCAGGUUUGUGUGAGAGUAGGGCGCGGCGAUGGGGAUCAGGAGAUUGCAGUUAGAAAAGAAAAGCGUGAGUGGAAGAUUGAUUUCUCAGGGGAGAAGCCGAAGACUCCUUUAUUGGAUACCAUCAACUAUCCCAUCCACAUGAAGAAUCUAUCCGUUCAUGAUUUAGAACAACUUGCGGCAGAACUAAGAGCCGAGAUAGUGUACACAGUGUCUAGAACCGGGGGGCAUCUGAGCGCUAGUCUUGGAGUGGUGGAGCUUUCUGUGGCAAUUCAUCAUGUCUUCAAUGCUCCUCAUGAUAAGAUCAUCUGGGAUGUCGGCCAUCAGGCAUAUCCGCAUAAAAUUUUGACAGGAAGGAGGUCAAGGAUGUUAACUCUAAGGCAGACAUCUGGGCUUGCUGGUUUCCCGAAAAGGGAAGAGAGCAUCUACGAUGCUUUUGGGGCUGGUCAUAGCUCUACAAGCAUUUCUGCAGGACUUGGAAUGGCGGUUGGGAGGGAUUUGUUGGGCAAGAAGCACCAUGUCAUCUCUGUGAUUGGAGAUGGAGCCAUGACGGCCGGACAAGCUUAUGAAGCUAUGAACAACUCAGGUUUCUUGGAUUCCAAUCUCAUAAUCGUGCUCAAUGAUAACAAACAAGUAUCUCUUCCGACGGCCACCAUUGAUGGGCCUGCACCACCGGUGGGAGCUCUCAGCGGAGCCCUCUCUAAGCUCCAGUCUAGCACCAAGCUCAGAAAACUUCGGGAAGCCGCAAAGAGCAUCACGAAGCAAAUUGGUGGACAUACGCAUGAAGUUGCCGCGAAAAUGGAUGAAUAUGCGAGAGGAAUGAUUAGCGCUUCAGGAUCUUCACUGUUUGAGGAGCUUGGAUUGUACUACAUUGGUCCAGUGGACGGCCAUAACGUCGACCAUUUGGUGACAAUUUUGCAGAAGGUGAAGUCCAUGCCUGCUCCUGGCCCAGUUCUCAUCCAUGUUGUCACCGAGAAAGGAAAGGGAUACCCCCCUGCCGAGGCAGCCGCCGAUAAAAUGCAUGGUAAUAAUUCACGUUUUAUCUCGAAACCUAUGGUUUGCAAAAGUUAA